AUGGCCGGCACCGCCGCGGGAGAGGUGUUGCCUCGGCAGUGGGAGUCGCCGACGCCGCUGCCGGAGUCGCCGCGGGUGUGGCAGCCUGGCAGGGACGCGAAGGAGGAAUUGGAUACACAACGAGACGGAGAUCUUCAUGCUCGGCGCCGCUGCGUGCCUGUUUCGAGUGGGAACUCAAGAUGCAGCAUUGUUGAUGGCGUUGAGGAUGCACGCCGCGGCCAGUUGCAUCCACCUCGUGCUCGUCCAUGGCGGGAGGCUGGUCUGCGAGUCGCUCAUCAUCUCGCAUGUUUCUUCGACAUCGUCCAUGGACGUCUGGAAUUUCUGGGCAGCGGAGUGGAUCACCGCGCAGACGGCCUCGACGAGAUGAGAACACCUUGGGUUGCGGCGUGGGCGGCGCGGUUCUGCAGGCCAAGAUUGGAGAAGGCAGAGAGGACGGGAAGGGGUGGAGUCAUGCGAAGAGGCAGUGGGGAUGGGCGGCGCCGGCGCUGGGAAAGAACUGGACGAAGAUGUCGAGGGGAAGAUGAGGCGAAUAGAUUACAGCUAGAUUUGAGCGGUAUCAGAUUUCUCUUGGCCCGUAUCGCUUUACGGCGUGAUGCGUUUACAGAAUCUAACGUUAUCAGUGGCCACCGUAAUCAGAUGCCGUUACAAAUCAUCCAACUAAACCGUACAUCAGUUGGAGGCCCAUUCGCACUCAAGACAUGUUGUGACAAACUUGUUAUUUACAUAAUAGAUUGCUCAUAUAUUUUGUUAUUGAAAGGUUCUGUGCAUUUCGAAGUUACACAGUGA